CACUUGUCCUUUUCUGACUUGGGGCAUAAGUUCUGUUUUAAAUUCAUCUUCAUAGUCAUUAAUCAAUUUGCUUACAUUUGACACAUCUCAGUUUGAGCUCUUGUAGCUAAUUGCAGGAGCUAAUAAGCAGGGUGGUGUCUGUGGUAGAUGAGAGGUUUCUGGCUUACCCUUAUGUAAAAAUUAAAAAGCAGCUUUGAAAGAGGUUUUUAGAUUCAGAUUAUUACUAGGCCAGUAAUGAUCACAAGAUACAUGUGUAAACAAUUUUUCUUGUGAGUCUCCUGGAUGUAAUCAGGCGUGAAAGCACCCCCUCCAAAUGUCAGCAGGAGGGCAGUGGGCCCACCAAGUCCAGGUAAAUCUCACACCUGACAAGAGUUAGCUGACCAGGAGGGGCAGAGCAUUAGAUUAAUUAGUGAUUAAUUAGAUAAUUAGUGAUUAGCAAAAUCACUGCGACAGGCUGCUCAGGCCAACACCAGUGUGAAGUCCCAGGCCAGUCACAUGUCAGCUGCGUUCGACAUGAUGGGGCCUAGUGCAGGCCCAUGUCCUCCCUGAUGAGCUGGUCAGGUGAGCAGCAGGGCCACUGUUGGCUUUGUCCUGAGUCAGUACUGUUCCAUGAGCUUUUAAAUCAUUGUUCUUAAACAGCUGUGGGUAUUGCUAACUAGUAGACUGUUUACAAGAGAAAAGUUUUCUAUCAGUACUGUAGAUGCUUGCAACCGAAGUUGUUUUAGGUAGGAACAGCAUGCGAACAGUAGAGUUAGGCCCGCACACUGCUCUUCUUGGGUCUUCCAGGGUGAGGAUCCAUGACCUUCGCACUGAUAAAAUCGCCCUGUCGCUCUCCGCUCACCAGCUGGGCGUGUCUGCUGUUCAGAUGGAUGACUGGAAGAUUGUGAGCGGAGGCGAGGAAGGCCUGGUGUCCGUGUGGGAUUACCGGAUGAACCAGAAGCUGUGGGAGGUCCACUCCAGACACCCCGUGCGGCACAUCUCAUUCAACAGCCACAGCCUCAUCACGGCCAAUGUCCCCUACGAGAGGGUGGUACGGAACGCAGACCUGGACAACUUCGCCACACACAGGAGACACCGGGGGCUGAUCCAUGCCUAUGAGUUUGCCGUGGACCAGCUGGCCUUUCAGAGCCCUCUUCCCAUCUGCCGCUCAUCUUGUGACACCAUGGCUGGGUACAACUAUGACCUUGCACUGGCUUUUCCCUGUGACAGUACUUAGGGAGAAAAUCAGGAAGGACCAGUUUUAUAAAUUUACUUCUGAGCUGCCCUUCAUCCUGCAGCUAGAACCUAGAGUUCACCAUGCAGCUUCUUCCGUCUUACUGUGCUUAUACCUCCUCCUCACACACCCUCCCUGGCACUGUGCACUAGGGACUCAAGGCCUUGAUUCAGCUUCCAGUCACCAGACUUUCUCCUUCAAGUCCUUGUGGUGUGCUGGUCUCUGGGCUUCCUGCACCCCCCAGCCUUAGGAUCACAAAUCAAGUAUUCACUCAGGAUGGUUUCCUUUUUGUGUGUAUGGUUCUGGGGAUCAAACCCAGGGCCUCAGGCUUGCUGGGCAAGGGCUCUACCACUACAAAUCUGGGACAACAGAGCUUUUGCCAUGCUUUCUAAUUAUAUAUUUAUACAGUUACUUCUUUGAGGACUAUUUUACUUACUAUUAUGUCUACAAUAUGUGAUAUAAAGUAAACAUUUUCUAGUACUCACUGAUUAAGCAGCCAGUCGCCCCAGGGGAUGGAAGUUGAUGCAGGUGUAGAGGGAGGCACCAGGACCGCAGGCCCCUAAGAUCAAACAGUGUUGCACAAGAGGAUGGGCCAGGGGUGAAGAGGCCCACUGCUGCCUCACUCUUGGCUGACACUUUCUCUAAACAGCUAUGGCAGCCACCUUCAGAAUAAAACUCCAGAGAGAAACAGGAUCUAUAUGGGAUCCAGUGAGAUCAAGUUUACCCAGUAGGGGUUGUGUGUGGAAUUUUGUAACUUUUCAAAUUCCUGUAAAGCCUGCACCAAACACACCCCUGGAUGAAGGCCACCAACUCUCACACAGAUCGCUACCAUGCAGGAGAGCACCUGACAAAACGGAAAACGCAAACUCACUGUGCCGAAUAUCCAGGCCCACAGGUGAAGGCCACAGAGGGACUGUGAGCAGCUGUGGCUUCAGCAGGAAAUACGGAGCCUGAAACCUAGAGGGCUCAACCCAAACAGGCGAGGCACAAGGGGCCUGUAGGAGGGACAGGCAGGGAGCUGACAGGCCAGUGAGACUGGUUGCUACACACACCCCAGAGGGAAGCAAGGCUUUUCUGCUGCCCACGAGUGUCACUGGGAGGGCUCACCCUCACUCUGAUGCUUCUGUUUUGCAUGGAGCUGGAAGCCAGGGCCUGUGUGCACUGAGCCCCACCUCUAGCCCAAGCCUAGAAGUUUUGAGAUAGGAUUAGCUCUCUUGAUCUAUACCUUUAAGUGCCCAUUUCCAGCUGAAGAGCUGCCCUUGCCACCCAGAGCACGGCCUCCUUUCUGGUGCCUGCAGGAGGUUGGCUGUCCUGUUCCCUGUCAUCCAAAUUCCUUCCUGAGCCACCCAGUUAGCGAUGAAGGGUUUCGUUUGCACUUAUCGUGUGUGGCUACCCCUGCUAACCUCUCUGACAAGGUUUGCCUCAGGCCCUGUGCUGUUCUCAAGAGCAGUGGCCCUCCAUUCUGAUGCGCCAUUCAUCUUGCAGUAGUCACCAGCUUAAGGGUAGCCAGACCCAGAAGGUUUGCUAACUUUACACAUUUUUAUUUUUCACUGCCAAGGGCUAGCCCAGUAUAGAAAUCACCCCAGUUUUCCCCCAGCAUCGCCCAUUCAUGGCCUGGGCUUUGGAAGGAGAAUUUACUGGACCCAAACUUAAAUCUUAAAGCACACCAGCUAAGGCAAUUUUCGGCUGUAAACCUGAUGUUCCCUGACAGAAGGAGAAACCCGUUCGAAACCAGUGGUCACAGACAGCUCUCAGCCUUUCCAGCCCCACCUCACUCCAUCACAGUUUGGAGUGUGAGUGGCUCUGCAACUCCAUGUCCUCGCUAGCUCUUCUGUACUCACGUUCUUCCUCCUGUGCCCGCCACUAAAGACAGGCCACUGGGGGACCAGAGGGCAGAACGCUUAUCCCAAAACACUACGACUCGCCUCCCUACUUGUGUGUCCUGAUCUGUUCUCACAUUAAAUGUUUUGAACUUACUUGUGGCUGUUUCUUCCUCUCUGCAGUAACUCCCAUAGGGCACUGUGCCUGCUUGCUGUCCACUCUUGCAGUCUCUCCACCAUGGCUGGCCCUGCUGUGCAGCCCAGAGGGAAGCAGUUCUUCUUAGGACCACCUCAG